GACCCUGAGCCGAGAUGACACAGUCUCUGGUUUGUCCGCACACCGUGAGCCGGGUGAGCUCGGUGCUGAAUCGCAACACUCGGCAGUUUGGCAAGAAGCACCUUUUCGACCAGGAGGAGGAGACAUGCUGGAACUCAGACCAGGGACCUUCCCAGUGGGUGUGGCUGGAGUUUCCGCAGCGCAUCCGCGUCUCUCAGCUGCAGAUCCAGUUCCAGGGAGGCUUCUCCUGUCGCCGGGGCCUCCUGGAAGGGUCACAGCGGGGUGCCUCCCUCCACAAGAUUCUGAACUUCUAUCCUGAGGACAACAACUCGCUCCAGACCUUCCCCGUGCCCACGGCUGAGGUGGACCAGCUGAAGGUGACCUUUGAGGACACCAGUGACCUUUUUGGCCGUGUGGUCAUCUAUCACCUGCGGGUGCUGGGGGAGAAGAAGGCAUCGUAAUGCGGGCACC